GAGAAGCUGAAAGAGUCGGUCCCAUCCCGUUUGCGAAACACUCUUAUUGCCGCCGUGUUCAACUCCCAAAGCGGCCCUCUCAUGAGAAAAAAAUCAAGAUCGCCAGACUUUUCCAUGGCUCCCCAAACCCAAAUAAUUUAAUCACGCUAAUUUCCAUACCUUUCACAUUCAUCUUCUCCUUCACUCGAUCUUUCAUCUUUCUCCCAUUCCCGCCUUUCUUCUUCCCUCCUACACUCUUCAUUCUACAUUUCUCUCGCUCCUUCUUCUUAGGUUUCCCACUGAUCUACCCCGUUUUUGGGUCACUUCAUUUCACCAAUGGAUUCCUUUGGUGUCGCCUUGAACCCCAAUACGAUGCCAUUUAGAAUCAGUAGUCAGUGUGUUAAGAAUCAAUGCUUUGGGUUUUGGGGAGACAGUAGUCUUGGAAGAAACGGAAGGUGGAAACAGAUACAGAGGAAUGCCUCCUCGCGGAACAAUUCUGAUUCUUCUUCUUCUAGCAGGGCUAGAAGCUUGCACCCGGAGUUGCUUAUUCUGUUCUCAUCAGAAGUUAAUGAGGAAACAACGACUUUACAGGCCCCUAUAUUUGAAGCUCCAAGAGCUGAUCCGAAAAAGGUUGCUUCUAUUAUACUGGGUGGAGGUGCUGGAACUCGUUUGUUUCCUCUUACCAGUCAGCGAGCCAAACCAGCGGUUCCUAUUGGAGGUUGUUAUAGGUUGAUCGACAUACCCAUGAGUAACUGCAUCAAUAGUGGCAUCGAAAAGAUAUCGUCUAACGCAGUUAACUCAUUUUCUCUCAAUCGUCACCUUGCUCGUAUUUAUAAUUUUGGUAAUGGAGUCAAUUUUGGCGAUGGAUUCGUGGAGGUUCUAGCUGCCACUCAGACUUCGGGUGAAACUGGAAAAAAAUGGUUCCAAGGAACUGCUGAUGCUGUCAGGCAAUUUAUAUGGUUAUUUGAGGAUGCUAAGACCAAAAAUGUUGAGCACACUCUAAUUUUGUCUGGCGAUCACCUUUACCGGAUGGACUACAUGGAUUUUGUGCAGAGACAUAUUGACACAAAUGCAGAUAUUACUGUUUCAUGCAUACCCAUGGAUGAUAGCCGAGCAUCAGAUUACGGUCUCAUGAAAAUAGAUGAUACAGGACGUAUUAUACAUUUUUCAGAGAAACCAAAGGGAUCUGACCUGGAAGCAAUGCAAGUUGACACUACAGUUCUAGGACUUUCAGAUGAAGAUGCUAGAAAAAAUCCUUAUAUUGCUUCAAUGGGAGUCUACAUAUUCAGAACAGAUCUUCUAUUAAAGCUUUUGACAUGGAGUUAUCCUGCGUGCAAUGACUUUGGCUCAGAAAUUAUUCCUGCGGCUGUUAAAGACUACAAAGUUCAAGCAUAUCUAUUCAAUGACUACUGGGAGGACAUUGGAACAGUAAAAUCAUUUUUUGAUGCCAACUUAGCACUAACGGAGCAGCCCCCAAAAUUUGAGUUCUAUGAUCCCAAGACUCCAUUUUAUACCUCACCUAGAUCUUGCCCUUCUAAAGUUGAAAAAUGCAGGAUUGUAGAUGCAAUUAUCUCCCACGGUUGCUUCCUCCGAGAGUGUACUGUUGAACACUCUAUUGUUGGCGUGCGCUCUCGACUGGAGUAUGGUGUGGAGCUUAAGGAUACCAUGAUGAUGGGUGCGGACUACUACCAGACGGAAUCUGAAAUUGCAUCUCUCCUUGCUGAAGGAAAGAUCCCAAUUGGCAUUGGAGAGAACACCAAAAUCAGGAAUUGCAUAAUUGACAAGAAUGCCAAGAUCGGAAGAAAUGUGGUUAUUGCAAAUACUGAUGACGUUCAAGAAGCAGAUAGACCAGAAGAAGGUUUUUAUAUAAGGUCCGGUAUCACAGUCACGUUGAAGAAUGCAACAAUAAAAGAUGGAACCAUUAUUUAAAAUCCAAAGGCAGCCUCUCAUUCAGGUCAAGAGAUAGCUGAGAGUUGAAAGGAAGCAAUUGCUAGAGGCUUUCAACCUACAAUGCUCGGCAACGAGUAAUAGCGUAUAACUUCCCUUAAUGUAAAAUACUAGUUUCUUUUCAUAUAUGUAAAAAGUAGGAAGGCAACACAUUUCCAUCCUGAGUAAUAACAACUCCUUAUAUCAUAAGAGAACAAUUUUCAAAGCCAUUUGACAUUAGCUUCUUGGAUGAGCAAAUCUCAUCUCUGUGAAAGAGUUACUCUCUUAAAACUCACAAGUUAUAUUAAGUUGUUAAUAUUUGCUUGGC